AGUAGCCCCUCCCGAGACAAACCUUAGUUGGCCUGGGAAUGCGCAUGCGUUGUACCUGCAUCGUCGACUCUCUUUUCCGUUCGCAGGCGCCACAUCAUCCAGUAUUCAAAAUCGUCAACAGCUUUGAUCAACCAUGGAAGACAAUGAUGAUUUUACAACUGGCGAGUCUGGUGCCUCCGAAACAUAUCCCGCUCAGUGUUCAACUCUUCGCAAAAAUGGUUACGUGAUGCUGAAAAAACGUCCGUGCAAAGUGGUAGAAAUGUCCACAUCCAAGACAGGGAAACACGGUCACGCCAAGGUGCAUUUGAUCGGUAUAGAUAUUUUCAAUCAGAAGAAGUACGAGGAUAUCUGCCCUUCAACCCAUAAUAUGAAUGUACCCCAUGUAAAGCGAACAGAUUUGCAGUGCAUUGGUUUAGAAGAUGGAUUCCUCUCACUUAUGACUGAUAGCGGAGAAACACGCGACGAUCUGAAGAUUCCAGAAGGUGAUAUUGGAAAAGAGAUAAUCGCAAAGGUGGAGAAGGAUGAAACAUUUAAUGUAACCGUUCUAAAGGCGUGUGGUGAAGAGUCUGUUAUAGCUAUCAAGAACGUAACUGUUUAAAGGAAUGAGCUGGACGAGUGGGUUAGUAUCAUCACAAUUCUAAAUCAAUAUGGAUAGCUACUUGUCAUUUAGCACAUCCACUUGUUAAUUGAUUGGUUUUAUGAUGGUAAGAUGGUACAUAUGCAGAACAGUCAGUUACACGUGACCACUGAUUGUGUAUGAGCAGGAGGUUUUAAUUUAUAUACAUUCUUGUCGAGGAUCUGGGAAUCUAACAACCUGAAACUUACACAGUGGUAACAAACAUCAACCACAUUCGUAAUAACAAACAAGUCGAAGUAGAUAAAGUCAUUGUGGUAUUGAAUUCUUUAACCAGUGUGUGGAGCAGAUGAGAUCUGUUUGACUAUUGGUUUCUGUCAAGGGUCUUGUGGGUUUUUCAAAGCUGAAGGAAAUUGCACAUCUAUGUGACUUUUAUAUUUUGGCUUUCAAAAGUAUCCGGAUGAAAAGCGAAGGUUGUUAGAUUUGCAGAUUCUCUAAGUUACCUCUUGCAGGUUACAAAUAUCAGAAAAUCAUUCUACUUUUUUUUUUUUUUAAUCAAUAUUUGUUGAUGCCGUUGUAGGCGCCUACAUUGUGUUGCCUUACUGUGAUACUCCAUUUUAAUAUCCUAGUGCUAUGCCAUGCGGAGGGAUCACUUACAAACUUUUUUGUCAAUUUUACCCAAGUUGCAUUUUAUAUCAAACUCUUAAAGGUGAAAGUAUAAAUCACAGAAUCAUGUAUUGACCGUAACAGAUCCUUAGUAUUGUUUUAUGACUCUAUAGAUCUUGAAGAGUCUUUGUUACGCUCUCGCCUUCACACAAAGGCCACAUCCGAGGGCCCGUUUCAGAAUCUGCUUCUAAAGAACCUUAGCGUUGUAACAUAAUCAAUCACAGGUUUUUCCCCCUUUAUUGAAAGACCAUUUAAACAGAAUAUUGUUUGACCUUAAGACGUAGAAUGUGUCAAUUAUAUGACUAGAAUGCUGCCAUGUAAAGCCAGCUUUGGUUAUGAUAUGGUGUUUUUCCAUCCGAGACUAAAACCCAGAUUUUGCAAGUUUCAUGUGAUAUUUGCCCUCCAACAAAACUCAAUUUACAUCACACUUUACUGAACCAAGAAGUGUAAUUAUUUCACCCAAUGCUUACUUCCAAAUAAAUUCAAAACUUACUUAGUGUGUAUUAUGUGGAUUUAUAUAGAGGGCGCUACUCUGCGGUUUUCCAUUGUAUAAUUACAUUGUUCUGUUCAUGCUGCAGCCAUGAUUGUCUGGGACCCAAGAGAUGUGGUGAUGCUCUCUUUGAAGUCACCAACUGUUUAAAGAGAAGCCAGACUAAUUUUGGUUUGUGCCCAUCUUUGAUUGUCACUACACGAUGAUGACUGCACCAUCAAUCGGACCCUAAUAAAGUUGUAUGUUGGUUCUUUACAAUGUAUACUACAAAAUGCUAUUAAAACGUCUGGAAACUGAA